AUGAUGUAUCUAAGAAAUGGAAUAUAUGUUAAGAUUCAUUUUGCAAAUAUUUCCAUAUUACAAUUCAGUGCAACUAACCACAAUAGUGAGAUGGAUCUCUCUGAGCAGCCUCAUGAGGAAGGGUCACAGGAGGAAGUAAUGUUUAAUGAGGAGACUAAGGAGAGUGAUAAUUUGGUGGAAGGAGUACUAACCAAGGGGGAGGAAAAUGGAUUAGAAGUGUCAAAUUCAGAAUUUGGGGAUGAUGAGCAGCCUGCAAAGAAGAAAGCGGUUAAAAAUAAGGCUACUUUUCCGGGGGUUAACUCAAGGAAGAGAAACCUAACUUCUCCUCGAAAGAGGACGAUAGCUAAGGCAGGUGGCCCACCUGUGGGCACUAGCUCUCUUCAUGGAGAGCGAACUCCUUUAAGACAUUAA